GCGGGAGGGCGCUCGGCGCUCCGUAUGGUACUGGCUAUAUAUAGCCUGACGAACUGAACAUUCGCUGCAUCACUCGCAUAGGCAAUCUGCUCCCUCUUCCUCUCGGCUAGCCGGCCUCAAUUCGUGGCGUAGGGCAAAGGCGGCGGCGAGCGAGGAUGCUGGAGAGCCGGGCGGUGAUCGGGGACACGGACAUGCUGCAGGCGAUGCAGCAGGAGGCGCUGCGGCUGGCCGGGAAGGCGCUGGACAACUUCGAGGCCGUCGACUCCACCGAGAUCGCCCGGUUCAUCAAGAAGGAGUUCGACCGGUCGUACGGGCCCGGCUGGCAGUGCAUCGUGGGCACCGACUUCGGGUCCUUCGUGACGCACCACUCCGGCUGCUUCAUCUACUUUGGCAUCGGCAACCUGGCCGUCCUGCUGUUCAACGGCGGCGACGGCGCGGCUCCUCACGGUGCCGCCGGUGAGAAGGCGCGGCUCACGGCGCGGUGAAGGCUGCUGUCAGAGGCGUGAGGGAAUGUUAUGAUCACUUAUUGUGGACUUGUGGUGUCACUCGAAGGGGAUGAUAGUGUAGUGAUCAAACAUGCAAGUCCUUACUUGGUUAAAAAAACUAAAAAUCCUUGUUCUCGCGGCAUGUCUGCUGGGUAAACUAGAAGAAAGUGAUGGCAAAUACGCAGUGGAAAUUCACAUGCAUUUUCAUUUU